AUGAAUGAUGCUCAUCAGACUGCCGUGAAAAUUGCCUUGAGUAUAGAUACUGCAAGCCUAAUAGCAUAUGAGCACCCAAAUUGUAUGGAAAUGCAGAAGUACGAGAACACUCUGACAGGAUUUCCGCAGUUCAUCUCCUUAGAUCCUGCAUUUUCUGUCCAUUUCCUGUCUCUUUUACAUCUGCAGAAGAAUUUAACACUCACUGUCGAUGGGCGGAAAGACGAAAUUCGACAGUACGCUCCCGAACUCGAUUGGAUCGGGCAUUCAUUCGCGUAUCUGGGAUCGGUUCCAUUGGAGAGCCACAACGCCGGCGUCACAAGGAAUGCCUUUCGUGGAUGUAUGAAACAGGUGAAAUACGACGCUGAUGCCCAGAGAAUUCUUUUUGUCAAGCUGGCUGAUCAAGGGUUUGGUGGGAGUAUCAUCAAGACUGGUGGCGAACUGGCGUUUUCAUGCAAGGGUCCAGCGCAACCACCUGAUGUGCUUUCUUUCCAUUCCGCUUCGUCGUCAUUCCUGGCUUUACCCAAGUGGGGUGCACUGGCCAGUGGCAAGAUGACGGACUACGUUGCAUUCGAACUCAUUGACGGUCAUCUCCACAUGAUCAUCAAUCUGGGAAGUGGUGCUGUUAGAUUGCAGCGUAUCGGUAGAACUGGGAGCGUGAUCGUUGACAGCAUGAAAACUGACUUCAAUACACCUGGGGUGUCAUCUAACCUAAUUGUUGACGAUCCCAUAUAUCUUGGCUGGGUGCCGAACACUACAGUUCCUUAUCCGCCUUCCAUUUGGUCGAUUUCUUUACGAAAAGGUUUCAUUGGGUGCUUAAGGAAUCUGCGGGUCAAUGGGAUCAGCGCUCGAAUAGCCAGCGUUUUCGAGCACUCCAACACCACCGGAAUAUCUAUUGGAUGUCCUCCCACACCAGCUGUGAGCCCUUGUGCGAAAAAUCCCUGCUAUAAUUUUGGCCAUUGUGAGCCGUUAGAGAAUACGUUCACCUGCGAUUGUGCCGCCACCAAUAAAGAGGGUCCCACUUGUAACAUAGAUUACUUACCUUCCUCGGUGGUACUGAAAAUUAACGAGAUUUCGUGUGGCCUUGGAUUCACGAAGAGCAACGAAAGCCUUCCGCAACCGUUUCGAGGAUCACUUUCGCGAAUGGAGGAACGCAGUAAGCUGCACACACUACUCGUUGACAACACGACUGCGAUUUCGGCCAACCGACUACAACCGCAGCUGGGUAACGUGGUCGCUUUCGGUGAGACUGAGUUCUGA